CGAGUCCGCCCUCCCCCGCCGCCCCCGCACGCCUUGCCCCGAGGCCUGGAGGUUCAUUUUCCACAGAACCAUGGAGGUGCAUACCAGAAAGGACUCUUCUGCCUCUCCUGCUGCCCCUCCCAGCGACUCACAGCCUCCCCCAGUGGCUCCAGUCCAGCUGACGGUGGUGAAGGCGCAGGGUCUGAGAGCCAUCAAAAGUGACAUCUCAGCCACUCUGGUGCGUGUGGAGUUCAAGGGGAGCGUCCUGGGGGACUCCUCCAAGGCUGAUGUCUCCCCGGACGGGACAGCAAACUAUAACUUCCUGAGCAGCUUCGAGUGCAGCUCUGCUGGCCCCAUCUCCUUGGAUGACCUUGUGCAACAACCUGUGCUCUUGACAGUGAUAGAAGUGGUGCAAAAGGAGAAGAAACAGAAGACAAUUCCUCUUGGCCAGGCUGUGGUGGACCUUCUGCCUCUGCUGCAAGGACAGUGCUCCUUGGAGGUCUCAGCACCUUUGUAUGCAGUGCCCACCUCACCCUCAGAGAGCCUUCACCCUGAGGCCAAGGGUGGCCUCGAAGUGACAGUGUUCACCCCAGAGCCCUUGCUCUCUGAAGCCCAUUUUGCUCGUGGAAGCCUCCUGAGCGUCACCCUGGAGGCAGCUUACUCUGUGCCUGAAGCCUUUGCCCCAGCGGGACCCCAGCAGAGCUAUGUGGCCUGUCUGCAAGUACCAGGAGCUGGGGAGCAGGAUUUCCCCUUGAUCUUCAAGAAUGGCAUCCUGAAUCUGGGUGAUGAAAAAGAGCCCUUACCCCGCCCCAAGAAAUGGCCUCUUGAUACCAUCCUGGCACCCGGCGCUCUGAGCAUCCCCAACUCCUUCAUCCUUGGAGGUCCCUUUGAGGAUGAGGAUGGAGAGCUCAACAGACCAGAGGACAAGGAAUUUAGGACCCAAGCAGAAAGCAAGAAGAGAAUCGUGUGGGAUGUGGAAAGGCGUUGGUUCCUGCAGCCUGCUGCUGUGCUGCUCCUGCAGCAGCAGAUCUUGGAGUGCAGGCUGUGGCCCGUGGAGGUCUGCAGGGUGGUCCAGGCCCCAACCAGCAAAGGGAAGGCCAACAGAGUUGACAAGGGAGAUGAGGACAAGCAGAUUUCCUUCCAUGGGGUGGCCUAUGUCAACCUGAUGCCUUUGCUCUGCCCUGGAGUGAGCUGCAUCCGAGGGGCUUUCCGUGUCUUUGGCUACCAGGACAGUGAGGUGCUGGAGAAGACCAAAAGGCAGCACAGUGUUCUCCAGGAUCUCAGGACACGGCUCAGGCUGAGUAAGGAAGGGUCAUGGACCCCAGGGAUUGGCAGUCCCAGACCUGCUCCCAGCAAGGCUCAGAAGGAAGACAAAGAGAAGCCCAGCAGAGAUAAGGACUCCACCCGCAGGAUGUCCAAUGUGACCAAAAUCCAUCUGCCAGAUGCUGCUGUGGAAGCUGACAGCGUGGCUAGUCCUAGCCUUGAUGGGCAGCAAUAUGCUGAGGCAGGAACCUUCCUGCUGCUAGAGAUAAAGCUGGACAAGGCCCUGGUACCCAAGCGGUCGCGGGAGGAGCUCAGCAGACGGAUCAAGGAGAUGAUUCCUGCUCGCCCUCCCCUGCCUCCUCGGACUUCAGGAGCCAAGAAGGCUGUGGAAGAUUAUCACAAGCACAUCAGCAGCAUUGCAAUGUCCAUCCUAAAGGAAUACCAUAAGCUGUUUGGGAAGCAACUACCUGAGCAUGCAGCCCUUGACCACCAAAGCCUGGAGGAGCAGAAGUGUCAGCUCAACUUUGAACUCAACACCUCUGGGCACUACUUUGCUUUCAAGGAGCAGCUGAAGUAUGCUGUAGUGAAGCUUGUGAGGGAGAAGUACCUGAGGAGCACAGCGUUUGAGAGCCAGGAGGAGCUCCAGGCUUUCCUCAGCGAGCUCUACGUGUACCUGGUGGAGCAGAUGCACAUUGCCCUCAAUCAGCUCCUCUUCGAGGAACCUUCUGCUCCAGCCCCCCCAUCCCACACAACCCAGGAGCAGCUCUGCCUCUUUGCUCGUGAAGCUGAGUUCAACAAGGACUACAAGCUGGCAUCUCUGUACCACCAGCAGAGGGUGGCUCAGGACCAGCACAGUAUCCAGCCCUGGCUGGACUAUGGCAUCUUCUACCUGCUGCUCCAGGAGACAGCCAGAGCCCAGCACUGCUUCCAGCAGGCUCUUUCCCUGGACCCCAACAACAUCCAAAGGUCUGACCAGCCCAAGCCUGUCCCCAGCUUGCUGCUCUGUGGGAUUGUGGCUGUGAUGCUGCAGCACUAUGAAGAGGCCGAGAUUUGCUUUGAGGAUGCCUGCUGCUUGGAGCCCUCCAGUGUGCUGGCCUGGACACUGUCAGGUUUGUUUUAUGAGCUGCAGACCAAUGAUAUUCAGGCAGAAAUGGCCUUCCGGGAGGCCAAGAAGCUGCUGCAGGCACAGCAGAGGAGCAGCUCUGAGGCUGCUGAGGGAGGAGGAGGGCAAAAGGACGUUUCUGCUGGGUGUGUGAGCUCUCCCAGCCCAGACCCAGAAGAACAUGUGUCAGAGAGGGUUCCAGAUGGCUCAGCUGACAAACAGCCCGAGGUGGUGGAGCCUGUCCUGGCCUGUGUAGCACCCAAGGAAGAGGCCAUAGCAGCUGAGGCAGCCCCAGGAGCACCAGCCCCUGGCUCAGGACUCGGCCAACCUCACUGCAGCAUCUUUAUGAAGGCAGUGGAAUUCCUGCUGAAGGUCAAUGCUGUCCAGCUGGUUCACAGGGCUCUGGCCCACGAGCUGCUGAGCCUCCAGGGAGCUCCCUCCUGUGCCUACUACCUGGCCCUGGCCCAGACUUACUUGCUGAAGGAAGAUCUGCCCAGCUGUGAGCAGAGUCUCUCUGAAGCCACCAAGAUGGACCCCAUUGAUCCAAACGUCUGGGCUCAGAAGGGACACCUGAGCUACCUGAGGAAGGACUUUGGGAAGGCAAAGGAGUGCUACGAGCGAGCCACCAGCUUCCCGCGGGACGCUGAGGAUGUGCACUUCAUCUGGCUGCGCCUGGGCUCCAUCUACCUGCAGGAGAAAGAGUACAGCCGUGCCAAGCAGACCUACCUCCUCGCCUGCCAGAGCUCUGCCUCCUGUCUCACCUGGCUGGGGGUGGGCAUCGCCUGCUACAGGCUGGAGGAGAUGGUGGAAGCAGAAGAUGCUCUCUCUGAAGCCAAUGCCCUAAAUAACACCAAUGCCGAAGUCUGGGGGUAUCUCGCCCUCAUCUGCCUGCGAGGAGGCCGAGAGCUGGAGGCAGAACAGUGCUACAAAUACACCCUCAAGCUGGGCCUGAGUAACGACGCGCUGCUACGGGAGAUCCACGACGCGCAGCAGCGGCUCGGCUUCGGCAAUCCGGCCUUCUGAGCCCCGCGUUUCCCGGGGCAGCUGCGCCGAUCCUCUGAGCCCCGUGUUCCCCGGUGCCGCUCCCGGUGCCGCUCCCGGUGCCAGAUAAACUGCCCGAGCCUCGCCUGUGCCUCUGCCUCUGCCGCGGCCAGCCCGAGGGGGCCGGGCCGGGGCGGCGCUGGCAGGACGGUGGCCGCAGAGGGACACACCCAACGCGUCCGCUCACGUGCUCUGUGCUUGCCCCGCCCCGCGGGGCGUGGCUGCGGGCGCGCGGGACGGUUGAGCCGGCGGCG